AUGGCUAUUGUUUUACGAUAUGUUGAUAAAAAAGGAUUUGUAGUGGAAGCAUUUAUUGGACUUGUUCAUGUUAAAGAUACCAGUGCUUUAUCUCUAAAGAAAAUAAUUGUUAAUGUGCUUGAUAAACAUUCAUUAAGUUUAUUUUAUGUACGCGGACAAUGUUAUGAUGGAGCAAGUAAUAUGCAAGGUGAUAUCAAUGGUCUUAAAAUGUUGAUUAAGAAAGAAAGUAAAUCGGCUCAUUCUAUUCAUUGUUUUGCUCAUCAACUUCAACUAACUCUUGUCGCGGUUUCAAAAAAAUGCGUUCAAGUGGGAGAACUUGUGUUAUUGGUUUCAAAUAUUUUGAAUGUGUUGGGAGCUUCUUUUAAACGAAUGGAUGAAUUACGACAAUCUCAAAAAGAUAAUCUUCAAAAUGCAUUAGAUAUGGAUGAAAUAGAAACAGGUAGAGGUUUGAAUCAAGAACUUGGUCUUAUUAGAGCCGAUGCAAAUACUUUAGAUGAAAGAGCUAAAGCAUCAGGAUAUCUUAGAAGUUUUCAAACUUAUGAGGUUGCUUUCAUGUUACAUUUGAUGAAAGAUAUUUUGGGAAUCACUUAUGAUCUUAAUAUAUCACUACAGAAAAGGGAACAAGAUAUUGCAAACGCCAUGAUACUUGUUGAAGUAGCCAAAAAAAGGCUUCAAAAACUAAGAGAUGAUGGAUGGGAGCCACUUAUCAAUAAAAUAUCUAUGUUUUGUAUCAAACAUGACAUCUUGAUACCCAAUUUUGAUGAGCCCUAUUCUAACUCUGGAAGAUCACGGCGUAAAAUUGUUGAUCAUACUGUUUUACAUCAUUUUCAUGUGGAAGUAUUUUAUAAGAUUAUUGAUUGGCAACUUCAAGAACUUAAUGAUCGUUUCAAUGAGUUGACAAGUGAUUUGUUUCAUGGAGUAGCUUGCUUGAAUCCAGUUAAUUCAUUUUCUAGUUUUGACAUCGAAAAAAUAAUGAGAAGGACUGAAUUAUAUCCUGAUGACUUUGAUCAAUUUAGUAUGGGCGUCCUUCAGAAUCAGCUUGCCAAUUACAUUAUCGAUGUACGCGAUACUGAUAAAAGAUUCUCUGAUUUAGGUGGACUUGGUGAACUUUCAAGAAAAUUGGUAGAGACAAAGAAAAACUUAACUUAUCCACUUAUAUUUCGCUUAGUGAAAUUUGCUUUGCUUUUGUCAGUUGCUACUGCAACGGUUGAAAGAGCUUUCUCGGCAAUGAAGUAUAUUAAAAAUGACUUGCGAAAUCGAAUGGAUGAUGAGUUUUUAGACGUAAGGGUUCCCCUCUCUCAAAAAAAAGAAUAUGCUAAUCGUUACCGAUACCAGGCAGAGUUGCUUUUCCUUGCUCCAGAGGAGAUUGGUAUUGGUAGAGUCGCAUUCAACCCCGUCUUUUUGCCCUUUGGCUGGUAA